GUCUAUAAGAAAAGAGUCUUUUCAACUAGUUCUAGGGGCUUUCCAGCGUCAAGCUUGCGAGAAGUUGCUAUUUUACAAGAACUGAGACAUCCCAACAUUGUUCGGCUUAUGGACGUAUAUCUGAGUGAGUGCAUAAUUUACCUUGUAUUUGAAUAUCUUGACUGCGACCUGCGUGCCUUCUUAUCUAGGACUAAAAAAACCUCUAAGGAAUUGCAAAAAAGCUUUUUUAAACAAAUACUUAAAGCAGUGGCUUACUGCCACUCUCAUUGUGUCAUUCACAGAGAUAUAAAACCAGAGAACAUACUAGUGAGUUCGGAAAGGAUUAUUAAACUGGCAGAUUUCGGUCUUUCAAGGACUUUUGAAAUCCCUAAGCGAACUUACUCCCCUGAGGUUGCUUCGCUUUGGUAUCGCAGCAUUGAAAUUUUACUAAGCGAUGGAGAAUACUCAGCGGCAGCAGACAUAUGGAGCGUGGGCUGUGUAUUUGUGGAGCUUUGUGGUCACGACGCCCUCUUUCCCGGAAAACGAUCAAUGGACCAAAUAUUCAUCAUUGUGCAAAAGCUUGGGACCAAAAAUAUUAAACUUCUGCACUUGCCUUCAUUUGUUUCACACUUGCCCGAUUUUCCAAGUCCUUCCGGGAGGAUAGUUAAAGGAAUGAACGAAGUGGAAAAUGAUCUUCUUUUGCGUAUGCUUCAAUAUGACGUGAAAGAGAGAAUCACUGCAGGUCAAGCUCUAAGGCACCAAUACUUUGACAGUUAA